AUGGCGUUUAAGGGCAUGGAAUUUUUCAUUUUAUUCCAGGUUUUUGCUGUAAUUCUGCACGACAUCUCGGCAUUUCCUACACCUGCUCAAACGGAGGAUCAAACUCUGUCCACCAGACAAUUGAAUGAGGAAAGACCAUUACAGGAACAGAUUGCAGAAGCAGACAGUAUCAGGAAAGCAGAGACAAACGGCGAGUAAAACCUUAACAACCAUACAUGUGAUGACUUCAGUUUGUUGAGGUCUUUAGCUGAGAAGCAAAAAGUCACAAAUAAUCUGACGCCAAACUCCGGGAGUAGAAAUGAUGAGAACUUCCCUGAUGAAGCCGACUCCACCAAGAACAGGAGAUUGGUGGAGGACUAUGACUCUACCAAGAAUGGCAUGGACCAGAAGUACCAAGAUGACCCAGAGAGUUUCCGCAAGCUGGACGGAACCCCACUGACUGCAGAGGAUAUCGUCCAGAAGAUCGCCAACAAAAUCUACGAAGAAGAUGAUAGAGGGGUGUUUGACAGGAUCGUCUCUAAACUCCUCAAACUCGGACUGAUCACGGACAGCCAGGCCGACACUCUGGAGUAUGAGGUGGCAGAGGCGCUACAGGACCUCAUCACUAAAAACGCCAAAGACAAUGAGGUUGAUGAUCUCAGCAUGGACUACCCCAUGUCCAGAGGCAGUGAUGUGGAGGAAACCACAGAAGAUAACAUGGAAGAGAAUGACAGAUCCAGUCGCAGGUAUGAGGAGGAGGAGGAGGAGGAAGAGUCAGAGGACACUGCGAAUGCUGAUGAUACAGUAGAGGAGAAGGCAGACGACACAUGGGAUGUUGCCAGUGAGGGAAAUGACAGAAAUGAGCUGAGCCCAGAGGACGGCCUUCAGGACCUGCAGUAUUUCCCCAACUUCUAUCGGCUCCUCAAGACUCUGGACUCAGAGCAAGAUGCAGAGGAGAGGGAGACUCUGAUUACCAUCAUGAAGACCUUGAUCGACUUUGUGAAGAUGAUGGUGAAAUAUGGCACUAUAACGCCUGAGGAAGGAGUGUCUUAUUUAGAAAACCUGGAUGCCAUGAUUGCCCUACAGACAAAGAACAAACUGGGCAAGUCGCUGGGGAAAGUUGAUAUCACACCACCCACAGGAAAGAUGUUUGAUGAAGAUGACAAUACGAAAGCAGAGGCUGCCAAGAUGCAGAAGGAGUACGAGUCUCUGAAAGACUCUACAAAGGAUGUCCAGACAGCGACAGAAACCGGCCACCCUAGCAAAUCAGAAACCUAUUUGGAAGCAAUUAAGAAGAACAUCGAGUGGCUCAAAAAGCACAACAAGGAUGGCGGCAAAGACGACUAUGACCUGUCCAAACUGAAGGACUUCAUGGACCAGCAGGUGGACGCUUACAUAGACAAAGGCAUUCUCCAGAAGGAUGAGGGCGAGGUCAUUAAGAGGAUUUACGGAAGCCUGUAG